UUCCGGUGUCAUGGCGUCAAUUGCAAGGCCAGGGCACAAAAGGGAGCCCUAGAUGUUUGCUAGACCAGUAUUUUUUGCUUCUAUUCGCUGUGGACUGCUUAGACAGAACCUGGGAGACCUCCAAACUACACAAUGGAGGCGGUGACCUUUGAGGAUGUGGUUGUGAACUUCAGCAAUGAAGAGUGGACUUUGCUGAGUCCAUCCCAAAAGAACCUCUACAGAGAUGUGAUGGGUGAAACCUUUAGGAACAUGGCUGCAAUAGGAGGACUUGGGGAUAUCCAGGAAGCUGAAAAAGAAUGCAAAAUUUACUGGAGAUAUUUAAGAAAUGACAAGCUAGGGAAAUCCUAUGGAUAUACAUCUUGGAAUCAGUGUAAAGAAGUAUUUCUUUGUACUGCAGGAGGUAAUGUGGACAUGAAAGAAACAAAAACACACCACAAUGUUCAGAUCCAUGAAAAAUAUUGCAGUGGAGGGAAACCCUAUGUAUGCAAGCAAUGCGGGAAAGGUUUUACCACACAUGGAAUUUGUAAGAAACAUGAAAGUAUUCACAGAGGAGAGAGACUCUACAUAUGUAAGCAGUGUGGGAAAGCUUUUAACACACGUGCAAGUUAUAAGGUUCAUGAAAGAAUUCACACUGGAAAGAAACUCUAUGUAUGUCAGAAAUGUGGAAAAGGUUUCACCAAAUCUAGUCAUUGUAAACAACAUGAAAGAAUUCACACUGGAGAGAAACCAUAUGUAUGUAAGCUAUGUGGGAAAGCUUUUAACACUCGAUCAUACUGUAAGAUUCAUGAAAGAAUUCACACUGGAGAGAAACCCUAUGUAUGUCAGCAAUGUGGAAAAGGUUUCACCAAAUCUGAUCAUUGUAAGAAACAUGAAAGAAUUCACACUGGAGAGAAACCGUAUGUAUGUAAGCAAUGUGGGAAAGCUUUUAACACACAAGCAUACUGUAAGAUUCAUGAAAGAAUUCACACUGGAGAGAAACCAUAUAUAUGUAAGCAAUGUGGGAAAGCUUUUAUCACACGUGCAUAUUGUAAGGAACAUGAAAAAAUUCACACUGGAGAGAAACCCUAUGGAUGUAAGCAAUGUGGGAAAGCUUUUAAGACAUGGGGAGAUUAUAAGAAACAUGAAAGAAUUCACACUGGAGAGAAACCCUAUGUAUGUCAGCAAUGUGGAAAAGGUUUCACCAACUCUGGACAUUGUAAGCAACAUGAAAGAAUUCACACUGGAGAGAAAACCUAUGUAUGUAACCAAUGUGGGAAAGCUUUUUCCCAACAUGGAAAUUGUAAGACACAUGAAAGUUCACACUCAAAAUUAAACCAGUAUAUAUAAGCAUCAUGAGAAUGGUUUGCGCACAUGUACAUAUUGCAUAAUGUAUGAAAAUCUUCACACAGGGCAGAAAACUUGUAUAUGGAAGGAAUGUGGGAAAGAUUUCAGCAGAAACUCUCAUUGUCCAAUACUUGAAAAAAUUUGACCUGUUGAGAAACCCUGUGUAUGUGAAGAAUGUGUGAAGCUUUCACCACACAUGGAUAUUGUAAAAUACAUGAAUGACUUCACACAGGUGAGAAACCCUAUGUAUAUAACAAUGUGGCAAAGCUUUUACCUCAUAAAGUCAUUGCAAAACACAUGAAAGAAUUCACACUGGGAAUAGCCACUGGCUAUAUAAACAAGUGGAGACACUUUUAGCAACCAGAUUGUAAGUGAAAUACGUGAAGAAACUCACACAAGAAAUAAAUCCUAUGUGUUAUGGGAAUACUCUUAGCACACAUGAUCAUUGAUACAUAUCUGAAAGAGCUCACUGGGCAGAGAUCUUAUGUAGAUUAACAAUGUGAGAAGUACAACAAUACAUGUUUGUUGUUAAACACAUAGAAAAAGCAUCACUGUUCAGACAGUUUAGAUCUAAGUUUACUUUAAAAAUCCCAAGGGGACCUAAAGAAUUAACCAAUGCAGAAGUUUGAUGUCAAUAUUUCUUGACAAAUUUUUCAGAAAUGACAAAUCUGAGGUGGAGCUCUACUCAAGUGCACAUGUUGUAUGGUUUUCAGUUAAUCACUUGUACCAAUUUAGAUUUUUUAGAGUGUCUUUGUGCUUCAACAUGGCAUCUUGUAAUUAAACAUGGUAAUCUGAAGUGGGCUUUUCAAUUUCAAGUAUGGAUAGGGUAUAUGUACUUAACAUUUUGUCUUUAAAACCUAAUUUUUAUAUUUUUGGUGAAUUAUAAUGUUUAUUUAAACAGAACAAAACAGAAAAAAGAGAAAUAAUACAGAAUUUCAGAAAAAUAAACAAUAAGAAAUCACUAGUUCAUUAGUUACAUAUUGUCAUCUUAGAAGUAGUUGUUCAAGUUAUAAAAUUAAAGCAUACAAAGUGAUAUUCAAAUAACAACACUGUGAACAUUUCACCUCAGUGUUCCAACAAAAAAUUCUUAGUAUGCUUAUCUGUCCUACACACUUGUUUUUUUUUCUUAAAGAGCAUAAGACUAAACAUGACAAAGCAGAACAGAACAGUUCAUAGGAAAACAAGUUAAGGGAACACAGAUUUCAAAGCAAGUCCACUGGAGAUGUUCACUGUCUAUCUUACUGUCUCUAGUUUUCUUCCAAAUAGUUGUUUCCAUCUUCACAUGCAUUGAACAAAUACUGAACAUUAUAGAACUAAUCAAAUAAUUGUGGGAUGAUGCAGGAUUUUUUGAUCUUCAAGACUGAUUUUGAGGAAGUCGAUAAUGACUACAAUAAUGUCUCUCAUUCUCUUCAUACUAGCUGUCUUUAUCUUUAUGUAUGCUGAAAUUGAACAUAACAGAUUAGACUAAUGUCACUCUGAACAAUGAAUAAUAGUAUCCUGUGAAGGAAAAAUGUGAGGAAUUGCCUAAAAAACAAGGCAGAGGACAUUGUUAAAAGUGUAUCAGGAUUUAAAAGCUACGGUAGUCUUAUUGCUCUGUUUAGUUUGAUUAUAUUUUGUUCUGGUCUGUCUACUCAUAUUAGAUUUGAGGGCACAGAGAGAUAACCCAAAAACAGCAGGUUAUACCAUGGUAUCUAUCCUUAAUUUCCUAUUAACUUAAACUGAAACCCUGUAUUACUUACAUUGUCUUCUAUGACUGAUCUUCUUUGAAGCUGGUUUCUUUGAGUGCUAUUUGGCCUUAACUGAUUUUAUUCCCAUUUGAUAUGCUUGCUGGUAUCAAGUCCAUGAAUAGAGGUAACUACUCUGAAGAUGACCAGAUGUAAAAGAUAUACAUUGGGGGGCUGGGGAUUUAGCUCAGUGGCUUAAGCACCUGCCUGGCAAGUGUGAGGUCAUGAGUUUGAUUUCCAGUAACAAAAAAAAAAUAAAGAAAUAAAAGUUA